CAGCGGUAUUCUUGUGAAACCAAAACUGAAAGAAAGAUGGCGGAGUUCUAUCGUUGUGCAGUAGGUCCCCAGUUGCACCGAAUUUUCACGAGAAAUAGUCGACAGAGUAGGGCAUACGAAGCAAAUGGACUGGAGCAAUGUGGUGCAGGAGUUUUACGUGCGUUGUCACUGGCUUGGUCUGUUUGUUAUUCAACUUCAUUUGUAACUGCACCAGCAUUAGGAUUUUACCUUUUGAGAAAAGGUCUGUUCAGCCAUGCUGGUUUGGUAAGCCUGUCUAGGUUUAUUGGUACAGGGCUUUUGGUUGUGUUUGGAGCAUUAUGUAUCAGAGGAUAUGGACGUUUUAAAAAUCCAGAUUACAGAAUAUUCUUAGCUCUUUUAGAAGAAACAAGAUUAAAUAACAAUGAGGAAAAUAAGAGAAGACUUGGGUUAUAUGACUUCAGUUUUUACGCUUGGCCUGUUGAUUACCAUUGGGACGAAUCUAAAGCUGACUGCAGCAUGCGCAGGGGAUCAGAAAAUGUCACUUCUCGUAGCAGACCUUCUCCAGGAUUUUUGUCCUUCCUUGGAUCUUGGCCUUGUGACUUUCUAAGGUAUUUUGUUGCACACUCAGUUGGCCGGCCUUUGGUCUACCCUGGUUCCACUGGCCUUCUACAGAGUGGAUUUGGAGAAGCUCUGAUGUCUGGAAGGCAGUUCUUGCUUGAACGUAACGGUCAGAGAGCAAAACUGAAGGCAGCUGACAGCAACGAGAUAGACACCAUGUUCAUGGAUAAGAGAUCACCUGAAGAUGAGGAGAGCAAGGGGAACACUCUGGUCAUAACAUGUGAGGGUAAUGCUGGCUUUUAUGAGGUUGGGCUGAUGACUACGCCAUUAAAAGCUGGAUAUUCAGUGUUGGGAUGGAAUCAUCCUGGUUUUGCUGGCAGCAGUGGUUUUCCUGGCCCAGAAUCUGAGAGGAAUGCUAUAGAUGUUGUCAUUCAAUAUGCUGUUGAAAAACUUGGGUUUCCAGUUUCUAAAAUAGUUAUAUAUGCUUGGUCAAUUGGAGGUUAUCCUGCUGUUUGGGCAUCCAGAGUCCACCCACAAAUUGGUGGCAUGGUAUUGGAUGCUACAUUUGAUGACAUAGUGCCUCUUGCCCAAACCAAGAUGCCUGAAGCCAUAAGUGGUUUUACAACAAGGGUUGUAAAGGAAUACUUUCAUCUAGACAUUGCUCGUCUGCUCUGCAGUUACCAAGGUCCAGUGCUUCUGAUCAGGAGGAUGAGAGAUGAGAUCAUUACAACUGAGGAAGGAAAGAUUAGUUCAAACCGUGGCAAUGAUCUCCUGUUGAAGUUUUUGAAGUUCAGGUAUCCCAGUCUAGUUGAUAGCAAUGGAGAAGACGCCCUGUUGGAAUACCUGGCUGCUCCUGAUCAAGCUACUAAAAAAGCCAUCUGGAACAGCUUGAAUGUUGAUGUUAAUUUAUGUAGGUCAAUGUACAAGAGUUUUGUGGAGCUAAAUGGCAGGGAUUAUCCUAUGAUGUUAGGUCAAGAUCUCUCGGCAGAACAGCGAAUUCAUCUGCUAAUGUUUUUGGUGUUGCAGUAUCUGAUGGACUUUGAUGCCACACACUGCAUCAACUUGCCAGCCUCGGAGUUUCGCUUGCCCUGGAAUGAGCAGUAAAUUUAAUAGUAGCUUGCAGAGGAGGCUGUUUUUCCAGGCUCUCAGUGUUAGCGAAGUUUCGCACACGUGUGUCACGCGCUUUGCGUUUGCGUCACUCUACAGAAGCCCGUGAAACUGCCUGUUCUGCUCCAGAACUGCAUUGAACAGUAAAAUCAACUGCAAUGGGAGAAGACCCAUUUGACUAUUUCCAGUUCCUUACCAGUCUCCCUCAUGGUCGGUGUUUAUUUUGUGAUGAAUAGUGUGAAAUCGUCCACCAUGAACAUUCAAAGUUUUCGUUUUCAGCAUGCCACGGGGAUUUUAUAUGGUGGAGAUUAGUAUAGAGUUGAGUUUUGUUUACACGUAGCCUUGUCAGCUCGUAGAAAAAUGUAUACAUGAAACAAUAAUUGAGCAAGCUUUUUUAUGGAAAUAUUACACCCUUUCCAAACCAAGUCGGAAGUAAUACUCGAGACUCCAUUGUGGGUUUUAUUUAAUUCAGUAUAAUUUAAAUUUAGUGAUGAGACUUGUUGUUCGAAAAUAGUGAACCAGUAAAUACAGCCAGGCAGAUAUUAAAAUGUUAUCAGACUUUAACUUUA